CUAAGCUUACUGAUUCUUUAAAAAUCUAUUUGUUUAAUUGUACAUGGAAUUUGAAACUGAAUAUGCACAAAGAACAAAGCAGUUGAAAUGACGAGCUCCAAAUGUUUAUUUGUGUUAUCAAUAUUAGGAUUGCCUCUUUCUGUAAAAGGUUUCAUUUUUAUUGGUUGCUAUUGGAAUGACGAUAAUAACACUUUGAGUGAUUAUUAUCCACCUGUUCCAACGACAAUACAGUGCUUCCUUCAAUGCAUCAGUGCUAAUAAAGGAUACACAUAUGCUGGUACACAGAUGGUCCCACUUACAUGUGUCUGUGGUAAAAGCAUUGUUAAUCAAAGAAUUCAAUCAAGCAUCGAUUGUAACAUGCCAUGUCCUACAAUGUCAGGUGACAUUUGUGGGGGUCACUUUAGAUUGGCUGUGUAUAAUAUUACUGACGAAUCAAUACCGAUAAUUAUAUCACAAAAAGGAACUACAACUUUACCAACAUCUCCGAAACAGGCAGACAAUCUUGAUUGUAUGUGCCCGUGUAGUUUUACGAGCGGUAAAUGGGAUUUUUUGAAAGAAAUCAAUACAACUAAAGACCAACUUAUUGAUAUCUUAAAAUCAGAUGUGAAUGAACUUCAACAAAACUUAACUAUCGAUGUUAAAGCUACAUCAGCGUAUAAAAACACAAAAAGGUCUGCUUCAGAUCGUCGCACAUCAUCUAUGUUGAUGGGUCUUGUUGGUGGAAUCAUUAUUUGCAUUCCCAUAGUACUGAUAAUUUGGUCCGAUAUAAUGCAUAUUUUAAACAGCCUCAAAACCAAGACCCGGCCCUUGACUUAGUGAUGUGAACUGUUUCAUCGACAGAAAACAUACUUGAACUUCCGAGAAUUAAAGGAUGGUGUAAAAAAAGACUGGUUUAUUGACAAAAUUCUGGUGUAUCACUCAUGUUAACAAAGAAGUCAUAUUAGGUUAGGUGCAUUUCUGAAAAAAAAACAACAUAUGUAAACAAUCUUAAGAGCAUAUACUUGUAUCUAUUACCUUCUUAAAUAUUCUAGCUCUGAUUCAGCUCUUUAAAUCUCAAAGAUAUGUUACUAAUAUACGGUUGACUAGUUAUGGGCUUUUACAAUCCGGCAGUUAAAUCUAUGCGUAGGAAAUGCGUCAAUUUGAAUGUACAGCAUGAAAAGAUAAGCAGUCAAACCUGGUCGCGGUAGGGAAGUUGAAGGUCGAUGCUUUGUGUAAGUGGAUUGCGACAAGGAUUUCCAAACUUACCCUUUUUUAAUUGCCAGUCAAGUCUACUAUUCUACAUCGUGUAUUACCUAAUUUUCAGAAUCUUCCAAUUGAAUGUAUUGUUAAUUUGUUUUUGUCCUGAUUAUACAUCGAAUAUUUGCCACUGGACGUAAAGUAAAGAAUCAUAAACCCAACAAAUGAUUUUUGGUUGUUACAGUAUCAUCAUCGGGAAAAUUCCAUAUUGAAAGGAAGUUUGAAAUCAAUGUGAACCGAUGGUGAUAUGCAAAGUUCUAUUUUUAUUUUACUUCUCGUAUAGUGACCAUAAAACUUUCAUUAAAUUAUCAAGACAAAUAUAGCAUAUAACGUCGGUCGCGGGGAUGUUCGCUGUAAGUAUAGAAAAUCAAAAGUAUCGGGAACAAAAAGAAUGUGUCCAAAAGAUUAAUAAAAACCCGCUUCACUGCUACAUAUUAUUAUUAUGUUCAAUAAUCUAGAGGGAAACGUGAUGAAAAUAUUUGUUGGACGAACAAACAAGUUGAAUGCAUAAAUUGGAGUAUGAAAAUACCGUAGUUAAAUGGGUGUGAAAAUUACCUUAGUUAUCCUAAUAGUGAUGACAUAUUGAAAUAAUUUAAAAUCUUCAUUUUAUUUUGGAGUUUCUAAAACCUGUUUGUUAAAAAUUGUCAAAUACUAAGGACAAUGCAAUACACAUGUUUAAUCUUCUUAUUUUAUCAUGACAUUAUAUUUAACGCACAAUAUAAACCUAUCACAUUAUCACAUGUACAGCUUUUAAUUAUCCAAAAUGCAAGUAAUCGGAAUUACUGACAAUAUAGAACAAUCUUAUCAAAUGAUUAUACGUCUUUAGUGAACUAAAAUAAAAAUCACAAUUGCACAGAUAUAUCUUGACGAAAGAAAAUGUUGAAGUUAUCUCUUCUC